AUUCCCUCGGCGGGCAGAGCCGCCCCUCUCCCGCCCCUCCUCCUCCCUUUCCCACCCCUCGGAGUGGAGCUGCACAUGCGGCUGCUCCCUGCUCCGUCCCGCCCAGCCUCGGUCGCGCUGGAACGGGUCCCUGCAGCCCCCAGCCCAUGGCAGGACAGUAGCCGCCUGUCAGGGGUCGUGAACGGCUGAGGCAGACGCGGCGGCUCCCGGGCCUCAGAGAGUGGGCGUCUCCGGAGGCCAUGGGCUAUCCCGAGGUAGAGCGCAGGGAGCCCCUGCCCGCGGCAGCGCCGCGGGAGCGGGGAAGCCAGGGCUGCGGCUGUCGCGGGGCCCCUGCCCGGGCGGCCGAAGGGAACAGCUGCCGGCUCUUCCUGGGUUUCUUUGGCCUCUCGCUGGCCCUCCACCUGCUGACGCUGUGCUGCUACCUAGAGUUGCGCUCCGAGUUGCGGCGGGAACGGGGAGCCGAGUCCCGCCUUGGCGGCCCCGGCACCCCUGGCAUUCCUGGCACCUCUGGCACCCUGAGCAGCCCCGGUGGCCUGGACCCCGACGGUCCCAUCACCCGCCACUUUGGGCAGCCGUCACUUCAGCAGCAGCCGCUAGAACCGGGAGAAACCACACUCCCCCCAGACUCCCAGGACGUGCACCAGAUGGCCCUUCUGAAUUUUUUCUUCCCUGAAGAAAAGUCAUUUUCUGAAGCAGAAAGUAGGCGUGUUCGUCGCAAUAAAAGAAGCAAAAGCAGUGAAGGAGCAGACGGUCCAGUUAAAAACAAGAAAAAGGGAAAGAAGGCAGGACCUCCUGGGCCCAAUGGUCCCCCAGGACCUCCAGGACCUCCAGGACCCCAGGGACCCCCAGGGAUUCCAGGGAUUCCUGGAAUUCCAGGAACAACUGUUAUGGGACCACCUGGCCCUCCAGGUCCUCCUGGUCCUCAAGGACCCCCUGGCAUCCAGGGACCUUCUGGUGCUGCUGAUAAAGCUGGAAGUCGAGAAAACCAGCCCGCUGUGGUGCACCUGCAGGGCCAAGGGUCAGCAAUUCAAGUCAAGAAUGAUCUUUCAGGUGGAGUGCUCAAUGACUGGUCUCGCAUCACUAUGAACCCCAAGGUGUUUAAGCUACAUCCCCGCAGCGGGGAGCUGGAGGUACUGGUGGACGGCACCUACUUCAUCUAUAGUCAGGUAGAAAGGGGGCUGUUUGGGGGUCUUUCCUCGCCAAAUAUCAUUGAAAAGCUGAAAAGAGGCCCCUGCCACACCCUGCCAUCUGAUCCCCUCCUGCAGGGCCCCAGGCCCCUGUUUCCCCUGCUAAGCUGUUUGGUUCUACUGCCAAACUUGAGCUCUGUCUCAGUGUACUACAUCAACUUCACGGACUUUGCCAGCUAUGAGGUGGUGGUGGAUGAGAAGCCCUUCCUGCAGUGUACCCGCAGCAUUGAGACAGGCAAGACCAACUACAACACGUGUUACACGGCGGGCGUCUGCCUUCUCAAAGCCCGACAGAAGAUCGCUGUGAAGAUGGUGCACGCUGACAUCUCCAUCAAUAUGAGCAAGCACACCACCUUCUUUGGGGCCAUCAGGCUGGGCGAGGCCCCUGCAUCCUAGACUCCCCCAGAUUGGCCCCGCCCAUGCCCCUGCCCCAGGUUUGGGAGCCAGGAGCCCCAGAACCUCUAAGUGCUGCUGUGGAGUGAGGUAUAUGGGUGUCACAGCCACAGAGAGAAAUACCCCACUGCUAUUUAUUCCCCAGUGACUCCGAGAUGAUAAGGCUUGCUUGCCUUUCCAGAAUGACCUUGAGUUAACAGGACAGUAGAUGGAGCCCCAGGGAUGACGUCACGCAGAACCUUCUUCCUUGGCUCCGUGUUGACUCUUCAAGCUCGAGGUCCCUGUUGUCAGAGUUACCGUUUGUUGCACUACAGUGAGGGUCCAGGGCAACAGGCAAGAGAAAGCAGAGGUGUGCUCCAGACUGUGGGGGAAACGUC